CGGGAACGUUCCCUGAGACUUUUGUGGCGCUGGCCGCACCUUCAGAGAGGACGGCAGCCGAGAGGCAGGGCGCGAUUUGGUUCGCGCGGAUCCCAACGGCGUGAUGCGGUACAACGAGAAAGAGUUGCAAGCGCUGUCCCGUCAGCCGGCAGAGAUGGCGGCCGAGCUGGGCAUGCGGGGCCCCAAAAAGGGCAGCGUGGCCAAGAGGCGGCUGGUGAAGCUGGUGGUCAACUUCCUCUUCUACUUCCGCCCGGACGAGGCCGAGCCCCUCGGAGCCCUGUUGCUGGAGCGCUGCAGAGUGGCCCAGGAACAGCCCGGCGGCUUCUCCAUCAGCUUCCUGGAAGACCUCAGCAGGAAGUAUCACUUUGAAUGCUGUAGUCAAGAGCAGUGCCAGGAGUGGAUGGAUGCUCUUCGGAGGGCCAGCUAUGAGUACAUGCGGCGAAGCCUCAUCUUCUACAGGAACGAAAUCAGGAAGAUGACAGGCAAGGACCCCUUGGAGCAGUUCGGCAUCUCUGAAGAGGCUAGGUUCCAACUGAAUAGCCUGCCUAGGGAUGGGAAGACUUGUGUUGGCUCCCAGCUAGAUUUGUUGGACUGACCUCCGCUGGGCCCCUGGCUAUCUUGGGAGGUGUUUUUUAAAAAAUGUCUAUUCAAAGCCAGAUGUCCAGAGGAGGUGGGCAGGAGCUAUGGUCCCUGUUCCCAUGCCAUCUCCCCGCCAAUACCUUUGAGUGCCCCCACCCAAGGACUGAGCCUGGCUUCCGUUACCAGGUGAAUGUAUAAUGCUAGGUAAAGCUGUGAACCCCACUCCUGCUGAUAGAGCAGGCCAUGGUGCUGGCCUUCAGUGCUGAGCCCGCUCCUUAAUAAAGGUACCUCUUUUCCAAGCCA